CUCGGUUUGACCUGUAACAAACAAGAAGACGGUUCUUCAUGUCUAAAAAACGGACAGGUAGUGGUUCUUGGUGUUGUUUUGGUUUUCGUAGUAUUUUUUCACGAUUAAGAAGUAAUUAGGGAAAGAGAAAGCUAUACUAUACACACCUGUUCUGAGUCGAAACAUUAUAGCGAAAUUAUACUUGAGUAUAACUACUUUUUACUCGAACUCGAAGUAGAACAACAACAACAAGAUGUCCUCCGGCACCGCCUGUUUCAUCAGGUGCAUGCGGGUCUCGGACUUGGAGCGGUUAGCAGAGAUCAACCUGGACCAGUGGACCGAGACGUUUCAUACUAAGUUCUACAUGUCCUACCUGCUCCAGUGGCCUGAAUGCUGCGCUGUCGCGGAAACCUGUGAUGGCACGUUGUGCGGUUAUUUGAUAGGGAAAGUGGAGGGCGAGGGCGAUCUGUGGCAUUCGCACAUAUCAGCCAUUACAGUGGCGAAUGAGUUCCGAAGUUCCGGUGUAGCGAGACAAUUGAUGGACUACUUGGAGGACCUAAGCGAGGACGAGAAGUUCGAUUGCUUCUUCGUCGAUUUGUUUGUAAGGGGAAGCAAUAAAGUAGCGCUGCAAUUCUACGAAAAACUGGGGUAUGUCAUCUACAGACGAGUAGAAGGCUAUUAUGGGGGUCAAGAGGAUGCCUUUGAUAUGAGAAAACCAUUGAAAAGGGACGUGGAGAGGAAUUGCAUUAAAAACGCUGGAAGGCUAGUACAGCCUGAAGAUUUGGAAUGGUGACCACCAGGCUACGAUUGAGAAGAACAACGACAUUGUUAAAGAACGUCUCCACCACGCUGAAUCCCAUGUUACAACAAGCUCUUUAAUACGUUUCCCAUUCCCAUAGAUUUUUCUCUUCCUCUGCUCAAAAAGUGUACUCUCUCAAUUCUGAUUAACUACAAGAUCGGGACAUUGCGACAUAUCUUGUCGGGCCCAUGAUCAUCGGACGCCGACUGUAGCACGACACUGGUUCAUACGUACUAACAAGUUCACCUUGUGGGCGUAGACCCUCUCCGAUGAAUGUGCAUUUAGAAGUAUUAGUAUUUUUUAAGAGAGGCGAGAAAAUCCAC